CCCAUUCCAUUUAUAAAUCACUUAUUAUAUAAUAUCUCAAAGUGAUAAAUAAUAAAAACUACAAAUUAAACAAUCAAAAUAAUUCCAUUUAAAAAAAAAUCAUAACCAAUACAGAUACAGGUGAACAUGAUUCCUACUUCUACAGAGUGGACCUCCUGGUGCAAUGGUAUCUGCAGAAGGCUUUCUCCUGUGAAGUGCUGUGAUUAGUUGGGUAUAUAAGGGGUGAUAUGAUCUUUUAAGUACUGUAUAUAAACAAUAAUACACAUCCAAUGAACUAGGGCAUGCAUUUGAAUUUCUGUAUGGAAUCUCUUCUGCAAUUUUAUUUUGUUUUUUCAGCCUUAAGUCAUUUAUCUGCACUCAACCUGAGGGAUGUAGUUUUUUGCAUUCAAAUUCUGUUGGUUGGAAACAUCUUUAGGACUUGUUUAUCUGGUGUACAUGAGUUUUUACUGUUGUUAUACUUCAUGCCAACUUUGUGCAUGGACACAAAACUAUAAAUUAAAUUAACAACAACAGCAACUGCUUUCUUUCAAUAAUUCUGAAGUUAUGCUUGAGUAUGUUUUAUAUAGAUACCAUUUUACCUUUAAAGAUUAAAGGGAGCCAGAGGGAAAAGUGCAGUGACAACAUCCUUGAUGCAAUGGCGUAUAGUUCUGAAAGUUUAUAUCAUAAUAAAUGUACAGUGGUAUCUCAGGUUACAUACGCUUCAGGUUACAUACGCUUCAGGUUACAGACUCCGCUAACCCAAAAAUAGUGCUUCAGGUUAAGAACUUUGCUUCAGGGUGAGAACAGAAAUCAUGCUCUGGUGGCGCAGCAGCAGCAGGAGGCCCCAUUAGCUAAAGUGGUGCUUCAGGUUAAGAACAGUUUCAGGUUAAGUAUGGACCUCCGGAACAAAUUAAGUACUUAACCUGAGGUACCACUGUAUUAGGCUUUAAGGUGCCCCAAGUUGGAUCACAUCCAUGUCAUACAUUUGAAUCCUGGAAACUGACCAUUGUCACUGAGCCGCAGUUUCCCGGACUCUUAAUGAACUGCACUUCCCAGGAUUCUCUGGAAGAAGCUAUGACUGUAAAAAGUGGCACAAGAGUGCUCCUACUCUACUUGCUGCAUCAAAAUGAGAGGGCAACCCUUCUGGCAAUUCUUCAUGCCAAAAUCUAGACAUUGAUGAUAAGUCCUUGACUGACCUCUUCUGGCCAAUGUAUGACAGGUUUUAGAAAUGUGUUCUUCAGAGACAUGGGGUUAACUGCCUCACAACUCUUAAAACUGGGGUGGGGAAAAUCACACAUACACAUAUAAACCAGCCAACUAAGGAUAAGAUGCAUGCAUCGUGCAUCUGGCAAAGUGGACUCUCAACCCAAGAAAGCUUAUGCUACAAUAAAUCUGGUAGCUUUCAAUGUGCCACAAGGCCCUUGGUUGUUUUCACUGUUAAUCUUUCAGGUGCCAGAGAAUACUGGGGUGGGUUUUUGUUUUUUUGUAAGAAAUUGACCUGACUUCCUGGCCCUUGAAUACAAAGUAUAUAUUUGAGGCACAUUAUUUCAAUCAAAGAGUUCAGGGCACUGUAAUUUAUCUGUCAUAAAGAGACAUUUCUCAACAAACCUUCACAAAUCACAGUGCCCAGAAUUAUUCAAGGGCAAAAAAUGUACUUCGAACGUGAUUUAAAGAUGACAGAAAUACAAGUGGAGUUCAUUCUAUGGACCCUUUGUUGUAGGAUGGGGUCCAAGGUGCAUCCUAGGUGCCUAACAGUUGAAGUCUGUUGAAGUCAGGUUGGUGUAGUAGUGGUUAAAGUGUUGGACUAAGAUCUGGAAGACCAGGGUUCAAAUUCCUACUCGGUCAUGAAGCUCACUAGGUGUCGUUGGGCCAGUCAUGGCUUCUCAGACUAAUCUACCUCACAGGGUUGUUGCAAGGAUUAAAUGAGGGAGAAUUUCCUUGAGCUCCGUGGAGAAAAAGUGAGAUAAAAACGCAACAACUACUAAUACUAACAAUAAAUAGCCGGAGAACUGAUGGACUGGUCUCGAUCUGUUUUUAGCGCUAUAAUUCAUUUCCGCCCGUUAUAUCGACGUGGUUUUAGCAUUGUAAUUUUAGCAUUAUAAUUCGGUCUUCCCGUUAUAUCUACGUGUUUUAACAGAGGGCGCUCCUGUUUCCCUCGGACUUUUUUUGAGACCCGAGGUGCUUAUUUUCCACGACCUACCUUAUCCUUCUUGUUCUUAUUACUACGUUAUGAUCGGAAGUUGUUCCCGGCUGUUUUCAAUAUUGUGUUUUGACGUUGCAACCAUAGCUGUCAACGUUUCCCUUUUUCCCUUAUUCCGAAUAGGAUUCCUCGCAAGAAAAGGGAAAAGUUGACAGCUAUGGUUGCAACCUGCCUUGGGGCACCUUAGGGUGAGGGGGCGGGUAAAAUAAAACAAGGAAAGAAAGGGAAAAUCCAUGCUAUUGUCCGUCGUUAUAAAAGAGUCCCUUAAAUGGCCUGCUGGCUGGCGUUGUGGUGGUUGUGUAGUCGCUAUGGCGUUUUCUGUGCAACCGUCGCCGAUGAGCCGACGGUCGGUGUGGGGUUUUGCCUUUCACCUCAGCAGCAGCAGCAGGAGAGCCGCCCCGUCGGUUCCUCCGCCCGCCCACCCGGCCGGCCGAGGCGUGUCAGGCCGCGGCGCUGAGCUCGAAGGCGCCGCCCCGCUGAGGGAGGCCGAGAAAGAGGCGGCACCGGGGCUCCUCCGCCCCUUUAGAGGCCCGGCAAGAUGGCGGCGGGCGAGAGCAGCAGCAGCGGCGGCGACGAUGACGAGGAGGCAGAGCUGGUGAGCUUCGGCACGCCGUUGGAGCCCCUGGAGGAGGGUGAGUUGGCGGCGGCCAGGCCCACCCCACCUCCCUCCGCUUUUUCUCGAGGCCUCGCUGAGGGGAGAGCACCGCCCGUGCUGGGGACCCCGCGCCCCACAGAGUCCACUAGGGAGAAGGAGGCGGGGGAGGGCUGAUGGGCUCCUCUUGUUUGGGGGAAGGGUCUCAGGGAAAGGGGCUCAGGCAGGCUGGGGGGUGCUUAUUGGUUAUGGGGGGCGGACCCUCACCCUGCCUAGAAGGAUGUGCCAGCCCUUUUAUUUCAGGUGUGGGGAGGUGGGGUACACACCUCCAGAUGCUGCUGGGCUCCAGACUCCAUCGCACCCGAUCUUUUUGGUCCUGGGGGUAGCCAACUGGUGGGGCUGUGGGGGGGCAGUCCUUAAAUUCUUAUGAAGUAUUUAAAAGCAUUAAAAAAUACUUAAGAAACUUCUCCCCCCAAAAACAGAAGCCUCCCCCCCCCGUAGUAUCCUCUUUCUGGUAGUAUUUUUACAUUUUAAAGGAAAUGUCUGUGAUCCCCGCCCCAAAAAGAACCUCAGCCAUUUUGGGGGCGAUCUCACAAAGAAAGCUCAAACACUUUUUAACACACACCCUAACAAAAACGCCCAUGUCUUUGCUAGUGAUGGCUGCUGGGGCUGAGGGGUGACGGACACAUGGAAUCGUAGGGUCCAACCCCCUGCAAUGCAGGAACCGCAGCUCAAGAACCCCUGACAGAUGGCCUCGCAACCUCCACUUUAAAAUCUCUAAUGAAGGAGAGUUGUUGUUGCUAUUUGUAGGAUUGUACAAUUGUAGAGUUGGAAGGGAUCCCAAGGGUCAUCUGGUCUAACCCCCUGCAACGCAGGAACCGCAGCUCAAGAACCCCCUGACAGGUGGCCAUCCAAUGUCUGCUUAAAAGCCUCCAAAGGAGGGUCCACCACCUUCUGAAAGUUCUUCCUAAUGUUUAGUCUCCUUGCAUGUUCCCACAGUUAUGUGUAGAUCACCUCUCACACUGGUUCAGGUAUUCUUGCUUUCAAAUGUGGUAGGAAUUAGGACUGCAGUUCUAUUUGGGAAUAAGUCUUAUUGAACUUGAUGGUACUUGCUUCUCAGUAGAUAUCCAUAAUCUUGCACCAUAAGACUGUUAAGCAAGUGGCUGAACUGAAGAAAUUGAUCAUCUAUUUACCCUGAUUGAUAAAUACCUAAACAGGUUUAACUGCAAACUACACGCGGCUUUUGUGGACCUGACCGCCGCUUUUGACUCCAUUCCCAGAGAUAGGCUAUGGCAGAAGCUUAGUUACACCAACAUAGAUAAGAGACUCCUCCUUCUUCUUAUGGAAAUUCAUAAUGACAUAUCGGCCAGAGUAAAAUUCGGCCCCCUGGGAGCUCUUUCUGAUUCUUUCCCUCUGAAUAAAGGGGUCAAACAGGGCUGCCUCUUGGCCCCUUUUCUAUUCAAUUUCUAUAUCAACGACAUCGUUACAACUAUGCAGGCCCUAAAUCAAUCUGCCCCCCUCUACAACAGCUCAAGAUCCCCAUAUUACUCUAUGCGGACGACAUGGUGAUACUGUCUUUAACCAAGCAGGGCUUAAACAACAUGCUCAGAGGGCUCAUGACAUAUUGUGAUACCAAUUCCCUCAAAAUCAAUUUCGCCAAAACCAAAAUUCUUACUUUUGGCACGAAAACUCGGAAGUCAUUCUGGAACUUUGAGGGCCACUCUAUUGAAUAUUGCUCAGCUUUCAAGUAUUUGGGAAUCACUUUUCAGCAUGGGCUUAGCUGGUCAGCUCACCUAAAUAUGACCAUCCUGGCUGCCCGUAGAACCAUCAAAGCCUUGGAGAAAUUCUUCUAUGCAAAAGGCGGCCAGUUGGUUCCACCAAUCAGAAAAGCAUUUAUUAGCAAAGUCCUCCCGAUGUUACUGUAUGGGGUUGAAAUCUGGGGGUGGAAUUUAAAAACACUUCAACGGCUGGAGAUUCUACAAAACUCUUUUGUACGAAAGAUACUGGGUCUCCCCAAGGGCUCGGUUGCUGCUCAGUUAAGAACAGAACUGGGCCUCCCUCCAUUGUUGCGAGAGCCCAUAUUAGAAUUAUUAGUUUUUAUUGCAAAUUAAUCAAUGCCCCAGGUUCCCUACUAGCCAGGCAAGCCUUUUUAACUUGUUCUCACUCCAACAAAUGGUCCAAGGCCAUGGAGACUAUUACUGUACGCUACUCCCUCCCAGAAUUCGACACGUUGUCAUCUUGGGACCAACAUAAAAUCCGGGACUGGAUUCUUAUAAGAGAUGAGGCCAUGGACCGGGCACAGUCCACCUCAGCUCGCCUCUCCAUGUGGCUCCCUAAAGUGAAAGUGGUAAGAUCACUUGCCAACUACUUGAUAGACCUGACGGAGCCCAAUUUGAGAAGAGCGUUUACAAUGGCCCGUUUUCAUUCUAUACCCACGGCCUUCUUGCAGGGGACCUACUCUAAGACCCCUAUUACUCAGCGUCUAUGUCCAUGCACAAUGAAUGAAGUAGAGGACUUCAUACAUUUCUUGUUCUACUGCCCUAUUUAUGACCCAAUAAGACCUAAGCUCCUCCUCUUGAUCCCGUCCUCCAUUUCAUCUAAGGAAGACUGUCUGAAAGCACUUCUUGUGGACGCAAAUCCCCAAAUUUCACGUGGGGUGGCAAUCUUCAUAGUGCAGGCUCUGAAACUCAGGGCUACUCUGACAGGGUAGUGUGCCCUAGUCCUGGACCUGUUUAAUUCUUUUAUUACCUUCUUAACUCAAUGUGCUGAGCCUAUUUUGGGGCCAUUUUAUGCUUUAUUUAUAUCCGCAUACUAGUUUUUUGGUGCUGGCAACCAAAUCUUUGUAUUAUUGUCUUAGGGUGUUUUAAAUGUCAUUACGCCAGCAAUAUCGCUUUGAAUUUUGCUUGGUUGCUUGUCCCCAACAUUUUUUGUAUUGUCUUAUUUUGCUAUGGCUGUAUGCUAAUGCAAUUAAAUUAAAAUUGAAUUGAUCAUACGAAACCAGCCUAAUACUUGUGAUACUCUGUGUAGCUCAGUACUCCUAAACUGAAACAGUACAUAUCCCAGUGGUUUUGUUUGACUCCUCACUGGUGCCGUAUGUAGCUAGAAGUGCAUGUUAGAGGUAGGGUGUAGUUGGAAUUGAAAAGUUAGUGAAAAUCACCGUAUUUCCUACCUUUUGAUCAUAUUGGUUAGUGAGCCUCUAUGCUGCUACUCUAGCAUAGGGUUUGGUUGACUCCCCCCCCCAUCUCAUCUUGUUUAUGUGAAUUUGGGAAGAGAGCUAACAUGUGAAGGAGCUGCCCUCUGUGCAUAAACCAGGAGAGGAAUGGCUUCUAGGCCCUUUCUCCCCUGAGUCUGCCUUGAUAAAUUGGCAUUGCUGGGCAGGGUGCAAACUAAUUUUCAUAGUGAAAUAGCAAACCCAUAUGCCUCCUCUUUACACCUUUCAUUCACUGUUCUGAUUAAUUUAUGCUUCUUAAAACAAUAAUUGCAGGUGAGAGAAUUAAGAAACCAGUUCCUCUCCAAGAGCAGACUGUCAAAGAUGAGAAGGGACGGUACAAACGUUUCCAUGGAGCAUUUAGUGGUGGUUUCUCUGCUGGCUACUUUAACACAGUGGGCUCAAAAGAAGGUGGGUAAUUACUAAUGUAUAAAAGUUCUUUUCUUUCUAUCUUACACAAAACUUCUUAGGCAAGCUUACUUCACAGGGUUAUUUUGAGGAUAAAAUGGUGGGAAGAAGAACCACCUAUGCUACCCUGGGCUCUUUGAAGGAAGAAUGGGAUAUUUAAAAUAUUUAUAAAUUUAUUUGAAUAAUUUUCACCCUGGCUUUUGUGGUGCAUUGUCCUCGCAGUGUGACUUACAAAAAUAUUUUAGAACAAAAUACAUGAAUAUGAUAAAGCACUGUCCAAUUAAAACCAGUGACAGUUAAAAUAUAUGCUACAUUUGUUCAGUUUCUUGCUAAUAUUUUUUCAUUAUACACUGUUGGUAUUUUUUAGCUUUGGAUAUGAAUAGAUAUAUAUUGUUUGUUUCUAGUUGCUAUUAGAUGCCAUUACAUUAUUUUUUGUAUAUCAUAUGUAUUUACAUUAUUUUGUGACUAGUUUUUAUCCUUAUUUAUUUAUUUAUUUAUGGCAUUUAUUUCCUUUUUAAAAAAACCAACAACACUUAUUUGGUUCUUAUAGACAUUUGGAGGAGUACCUAUCAAAUGCUCUUGUGGUUCAGGCUUGCUUUAUUUAAAAGACAUCUAUAUUGUUCCAUCAUGAACUCGGGGAAGUCCGCAUGGGGUUCCAGACAGUCCCUUAUCCAAGCAGUGACCUGAACUGCUUGGCUUCAGCAAGGCCCCUGUACCACCCACCUUCAGCCCAUGCUUUGGCACAGCCAGAAAGCUGCUCUGUCCACUGUAGAGAUCACUAUGAAACAAAGUGAGGAUGGUAAUUGCAACAGUAUGAAGGACCCAAGUCAUUUGGGCUCUCAUAGAGUAAAACUAGCAUCUUGAAUUAGGUCCAAAUGCCUUAGGGGCCCCGUGUAAAUGCUAGCUUAUUAGCACUGCAUAAUUACAAUGCAGUACUAUGCAUGUUUACUCAGAGGUUAGCACCGCUGAUUUCACUGGCACUUACUCACCUGUGAAUGUGGACAGGAUUACAGACCGGGUAACGUUAUGUAAUUUUAAACAUAACUUUCCAUUUCCACUAUGAAACAUUAUGCUGGUGUUUUAAUUACUCAUGUCUUACAACAAUGAACUGUUAUUGUCUUUAAAGGAUGGGCACCGUCAACCUUUGUAUCAUCACGUCAAAACAGAGCAGAAAAAACAGUUCUGGGGCCAGAAGAUUUUAUGGAUGAAGAGGUAAAUUUGCAAAUAAUGCAUUUUAAAGAAAUAAAUAAAACACUGUCAUAAUCCUUUGAAGUUCCACGUAAAUGGGAUGUGUGUGUCUGUGUUCUGGUUAUUCAUUAGUCUUAAGUAUAUAUGUAUGUAGUGUUAUUUCUGCAAUGCACAAUAAACAUGAAGUAUGUUUUGCCAAGAACCAAUACAUUUUACGUUACAAUGAAGCUGCUCUUUGUUUUCAUUUCAAGAUAAUUGUUUUAAUAUGUGGAUGAGCAGGAAUCCUUUUUAAUUUGAUUUGUUUCUUCUUACUUUCUCCCCUUGCUCCAAAGGAUCUUGGUGAACAUGGGAUAGCACCAAAGGAAAUUUCAAUUACAGAUGAAUUUGCUUCCAAAAGCAAAGAUAAAAUAAAAGAGAAGGCCAAACAACUUGCAGGAGUUGUUGGCCCGAUCCCUGGAGCCACUGUGUUGGAUGAAUUUAUAGCACCUGCAAAGUAAGUACCUAUUAUGGAAAAUUAUUUGUGUUCAUGAAUAAAAGGCAAUACAACUGAUAAUGCGUUAAAAUUGGGGAAGGGGACAUAGACUCGGCAACACCAGUUUUUCCUCCUCAGACUUCACUGAUGCGAAAUCUAGAGCUCUGAAAACUUGGCCUGUGUUUUGCUUGAUGUUUGCAGGUAUUGUUUACACAAAGUUUUUAGUCUAUGUGGCUACAAAAACUAUUAAUAAAUUUCCUUUUCAGAAUAACCAUUGGUAUUGACUUGUUGCGAAAAAUGGGCUGGAAAGAAGGACAAGGAGUUGGGCCUAGAGUAAAGAGGAAACCACGGAAGCAGAAGCCUGGUAUAUUCCAUGAAAUGUUUUGUAUUGUAUCACUCAACAACAUAAAAAAAGUGAUCUGUCUAUUCUAGUCUACUAGAAAGUUGUUUGUAUAAUCCCCAUUUAUUUAUUUAUUUAUUACACUUAUAUGCCGCCUUUCCUCCAAGGAGCUCAAGGUAGUUUUCCCCUCCCCAGUGAGUUAGAUGAGGCUGAGAAAUUGUGACUGGCCCAAGGUCACCCAGUGACCUUGGCAUGAAUCCUCAUGGCGAGUGAGAAUUCAAACCCUGGUGCAACACUCUAACCAUUUACACCAAACUGGCCCUUACAUUCCAUUCUAUGUCAACCUUAUUGUGACCCACUUCAGUGGAGCCACAGCAAUGUACAGUGGUACCUUGGGUUACAUACGCUUCAGGUUACAGACUCCGCUAACCCAGAAAUAGUGCUUCAGGUUAAGAACUUUGCUUCAGGAUGAGAACAGAAAUCGUGCUCUGGCAGCGCGGCGGCAGCAGGAGGCCCCAUUAGCUAAAGUGGUGCUUCAGGUUAAGAACAGUUUCAGGUUAAGUACGGACUUCCGGAACAAAUUAAGUACUUAACCUGAGGUACCACUGUAGAUUCUGGGCACGUUGCCCUUUGCAUAGUCAUGAUAAUGAAGAAUGAUAGAAAUUUAACCUUGUGUCUUCAUACUUGGUUGCAGAGCCUGAAGUGAAAAUAUAUGGCUGUGCUUUGCCCCCUGGAUCUGAGGAGUCAGAGGUAUUGCUUGUGCAACACUUUACUAUUGGUGGGGGCCACUGUUUUUUGUUUCAUCUGCAGUUGUGCAAAGCACGCAAAGGAUCAUUUCUGAUGACAUUAACAUUCUUCUUAAACUGUUACUCCAAUUUUCUAGAUCACUAUUACUGUAUGUAGAUUUUUACUAGAUAGCAUAGCUAACCAAAAAGAAGUCUCAGCCCCAUGAAGCUUGCAAAUGUAACAACUUGCAAUGGAACAGAGCAGGGCAUCCUGGAGCCACAUGAGUCGAUUGGCCUAAUUUCAAAAGCCUUUUACAAGUGGUCAGUUUAGAUGAGAGUUAUCCAUCCCUGCAGCCUUCUGGAUGAAGAGAAAUGGGGUUGGGGAGAGAGCAGAGGCUCAUCUUUGUUCUGGCCUGGCUCUCCACUGGAUUCAGCUCUGCAGUCAGCCUGUGGCUUCUGGACACAAAACUGUUGUCCCCUGCAGCAGAGGAAGGAUUGAGGCAAGGUUUUCUUGAGGUGAAUGCAAGCAAGGUCUUUUUGCUGACCUCAGUAACAAUGCUUUGUUACAAAUGUGUGUUAAUUUCCUAAAGGAAGAAGAGGAUGAAUAUCGCCCAGAAAACGUGACGUUUGCACCCAAAGAUGUAGUGCCUGUAGACCUGACUCCUAAAGAUAACGUCCAUGGACUUGGGUACAAAGGCUUGGAUCCCACCAAAGCCUUAUUUGGCUCUUCAGAAGAACACAUUGACCUUUUCAACCCCAGUGCUGAAAACUCAAAUCUUAGAGAUCUGCGCUACAGUAAAGGCCGGAAGCUUGGCAUUUCAGGCCAGGUAAAAAGCUGCUGCUGGUUAAAAGUUUUUUCACCCUUGUUGGCUGUGAAGAUAGAUGGGCUUAUAAGUGAACGGAUGAUGCCUGUUAAAAUGUUUGAAGCUAAAAGAGGAUUUCCAUGGGUGGUUUCAGUGCCCAGCCUAACUUAUUAUUCACCACUGAUCAGGAGAAGGGGGCAGGGGAGUCAACUUCCAUUGCUUACCCAGUUCAGCUUAUCUUGCUGCAGAAUUUGAGUUAAAUUCUGGGUAGAUGGUGUGUGGGUUUGCGCAUGUAUACAGUGUACCCAGCCUUGUGUGUCAUGAUAUCAAUCUCACCACUUGCCUUGUGCAGUUAAUUUGCAGGGCCAGUGUUGUGGGUCAUCACUGGGCAGCUGCCAAGUUUGUGUGUUGACACACUGCUAUACAUAAAGUAUGCUCACUUAGCUGCACUAGUAGCCGCCCCCACUUGCAUCUGGGCCUGGAUGGCAGCAACAGUGGCACUAGGUCUGGCAUCUCUUUCUCCACCCCCUUCUGCCUGCCUGCUGCCCUUGGAAAUGAACCCCUCAUCUACCCUCCCCUGCCUGAGAAGUUGAGGGAAGCUGCCGUAGACCUGCUAGUAUGUGAGCCAAGAGCGGUGGGAGGUAGGAGCAGCUGCUGUGAAGGGAGAGGAUAGAACCGGCAGCUGCCACUCAUUUGCUAGGUGAACAAUUGAGCAGCAAUGGGUGGGAGGAGCAGAAGCUUGUGCCACUUGCUCAUCGCCCCCACCCAAUCCCUCCUAACAGUGCUGGUGGUUCCCUCCCCCACCCACCUGAGUGAGCAGCAAUGGCACCUAGGAGCAAAAGGUACAAUCACUCGCUUGCCUGUCUUCUCCUGCUUGAAACUGAUGGUUGUUGCUAGCAGCAGCCAUCGCUGUCUGCCCUCUGUCCUGAGGAAGGAAGAUCCCUUCUUUGAUGUUUGUUGCACCUACAUGGAGUGGGAUUUGGGUACUCGCUCACUGGCACAUUGCCAGGCCCCUUCUCCCAAAAAACCUGGAGCCAAUCAUGCUUGUUGAUGAAAAAGCUCAAAGUACAUUUAAAGCAGAACAUUUAAAACAGCAGAAGUUUUGCUGUUUGCAGAAUUCUAGUAAAUGCCUGUGUGCUACGUGGAAGUUCGUUCACAUCUUUAUUUCCAUUUCUGUGAGUUCUUAAGUGGUUUCUCAGAAACAAGACACAUGACUGGUAUAAAAGGCACAUGGUUCAUGUAAAAAUAUCAGGAAAUAAGUAGCACCUUGGUACAUCCUUCAGGCAGACAUAUCCAUAGUUGCAUUCCUGUUAGGCAGAGUUUUUGCAAUGACAUGUGCUAGGAGGAUAAAAAAGUGUACUGAGGUAAUGUGUGUAAUAAAUUCUUUUAGGAGCCCUACUUAAUCCUUAUAGAUCACUAGCUUUUGCAGCUUGUCAUUGAAAAAGGCCCUGUCCUGAACCAUUUUUGAUUCCAUGUGUGUGCGGUGGAGCAUGGAGCCAGGCCUCUGUUGGUUACCUCAAUAACUAGAGUGGUUCAUAUGAGAGAAUGUGAACCUUUUAGAUUCCCUAGAUUAAAACAGUAUAGUGCUUUGAAUAUAUUUGACAACACUUUGAAUUGUCCUUGGAAAGGAAUUGGCUAAAUAGCAUCCUAACUUGACAAGCAAGAUAACCUACGGCCUGGUAAAACCAAAUAAGGGAGUGCAUUGACUUCCUUGUGAAUUCUGUGUAUAUGACCUUGUGCCCAUGUUGGUGCCAGGGUGGCAAUAGAGGCCCUGACACAGUUAUAAGUUCAGCACCCUAAAAUUAACUGUAGAUCCCCGUGUGCAUUUUUUUAAGACAAACACUUAGUGGGCUGUUGAAAUAUUCAGCUGUAACCAUUCUAUGUUAUAUUGUUUUCCUUAGGCUUUUGGUGUAGGAGCUUUAGAAGAUGAAGACGAUGACAUUUAUGCUAAUCGAGUACAUCUUAAAGAAAGAAUGUUUAGAUAUUAUCUGCUUACAGGAGACCCACAUAGCAAGGAAGCAUAAAAGAGUUUUGAUUAAUAAAAGAUUAGGAAAUGAAUUUGUAUCGUCAGAUCAAAGUAAAAAAAGGGGGGUGGUUAUUUAUACCAAAAACAAAUUGAAGCACAGCAGAUUUUCAAAGAUGAAGAAGGGAGGGUAGUAGCGGUUCAAAUUAAUUGGCAAGGAGAAAACCUAAUAAUAGUGGGGAUAUACGCACCUAAUGAUAACAAAUCGGAGUUUUAUUGGAUGUUAGAGGGAAAGCUAUUUGAAUACGUCGAUCAGAAAAUAAUACUAUUGGGAGAUAUGAAUGGUGUGGUGUCGUUAGAGAUGGACAGGUUAAGGGAUGGAAGGGGCAAAGAAGGAAAGCUACCCAGAACCUUCUUCUCAUUGGUUCAGAACUGUAAUUUGGUGGAUAUUUGGAGAUUUAAAUACCCUCUGGAAAAACAAUAUACUUUCUACUCAGAACCCAAUGACUCAUCCUCGAGAUUAGAUCAGAUAUGGACCUCGGCAGAACUAGUACCAAGAUCUAUACGGGUGGGGAUCCAGGCCAAAACGAUUUCGGAUCAUAACCCAGUAAAAAUGGAACUGAAAGGGCUGGAAGAAAGAUCAUACAGAUGGAAAAUGAAAGAUUACUUGUUAGAUGAUUUAGAGAUAGUAGAGAAAGCUCAGAAAAGGUUAAAGGAAUACUUCGAGGAUAACUUAGGUAAUGAUACAAAACCAAAGGUGGUGUGGGAUGCAGGUAAGGCGGUGAUGAGGGGUUUCUUCAUUCAACAGAGUGCAAUUAAGAAUAAAAAGAGAGAAAAAGGGAAAAAUGAAAUUCUACAGCAAAUAAUGGACAACGAACAAAAAUUAACUAAAAACCCC